AUUCUCCCUGCCUCAUCCUCAUUCCUUCUCUCUAACAAAAAAUGAUGGUCCUCUCUUCUCACCCUCUGCAAACCUCUUUUGCAAACUUAUCCAUCUCCAAGAACAAAAACUUAUCCCCAUUUCUCAAUGGCUCUUCCUCAAUCACCCUCCCCACCCCUUCUCACAGAGCAGCUACAGCCCCCCCUCCAUUCCCAUUUCUCAGAGUUGAGGCCAUGAAGAAGAUGCUGGGUAGGGUUGUCUGCUCCACCAGUGAUAAGACAGUGGCUGUUGAGGUGGUGAGGUUGGCUCCUCACCCAAAGUACAAGAGGAGGGUUAGGAAGAAGAAGAAGUAUCAGGCUCAUGACCCACUUAACCAGUUCAAGGUUGGUGACUUUGUUCAGCUUGAGAAGAGCAGGCCCAUUAGCAAGACCAAGACUUUUGUUGCAGUGGCUGUAGUAGCUAGGAAUGCCCCCAAACCCAAGGUGGAUGUGCCCCAGGAGCUCGACCUUCCGCUCGAGUCUGCUGAGCAGGCCUAGAUUGACAUCUGUCUAUGUAGGGUGUUUUGAACUGGUAGUUGUAGUUUGCUGCCAAUUUGGUAGCUUAAUUGUAAUCUCUGGUCUAUUAUGAAUUGGGUCUUUUGUGUGGUUGAGAUGGAUGUAAUUGGAAGUUGUUUCCUGGCUUUAAUUUUGAUGAAUGUUGAGAAGGUUCUUUUCUUUUUGUAUUC